AUGAUUGAGAUAGUUGAUCACAUUGAAACCCCGACACCAGUUGUCAGGCUGCAGGUUUGGCAUCUGGACCGACGGGGACAGAGCAGGGUUGUUAACAAACAAUUGAUGGAACAUCUCGCAAAAACAACUCUGUUUCAAGAUUGGUCCAUCACCCCAUCCUUAGCCUGCGCUACCCGGGAUCAUUAUGUCCCGAUCGAAAUGAACGUCUUUUCAGUCGGCCAGAACCUUACCGACGAGAUCAGGAUAAGGUUCACCCACUUUCACCUUUUCUUUUCUUUGGAGCUUGAUUUCAAUCUAGCUAUUGAAGAUUCUAUGAUUGUUGACCGUAGCGGUCUCACUGAAACGCAAAGAGCUUCUGAAAGGCAAUUUGAAUAUCGGUCAGCUCUGGACUUCGCUGAAGGAAAGGAUGAGCAAUACUACAUUGAGAUACUAGAUGACCGAACUGCUGUCAGCAAGGAGGAACUCCAUCUCGCCCUGAUACACACCAAUCUGGCCACAAUCGCCUUCGCUGACCAUCAGAGGAACGUGAUAAAGGUGCUGCAAAAGAUGAAGGGACGAUACAACGAAGACAUCAAAAGCAGUAGAUACCUGGUCGGAUUCGCGUUUCUGGUUAUUGCGACAGUAGGAGCUACAAUGACAGGUGGCUUGAGCACUCCAUUGCUUCUAGCUGCCGCUGCCUCCGGUUGUGGAGGUCUUGGCGUCGGCGUCGGUAUCGACCAGGGUCUCAAAUGGUGCAAAGUCUAUAGCAAAGAGCUUACAGUCCGCAGGUUCGACAAAACAAUCGACGAACUUGUGGACGCACUCAAGGACGCCAAACUUGGAUUCGCUUCCAUUUAUUGCUCUGACAUCCUUUAG